UCGUUCAAUCAUCAUCGCCAUUGUAGUAAUUGAUUCUGAGCAAGCUAGCUAGCUGCUGUCAAACGCCCCAGAUCUACGUCCGCUGAUUGAUUAGGGAACGACGUUACCACGACCACAACGAUCCAUAUCCAUGUCCGCCGCCGCAGCUGCUUUCUCCUCCGCCACCUCUGUCGCAGCGCCGGCCUCGACACCGAGCAUCUUCCUCGGGAAGAAGAAGCUCAUCAGGAGCUGCCGCCGUGGCCAUGGCAGCAGGGGGUUGAGCAGCAGCAGCAGUAGCAGAGUGUUCGCCACUAAGCAGGACGUGGACGAGUCGAAGCAGACCCACUCCGACAGGUGGAGAGGCCUGGCCUACGACAUGUCCGACGACCAGCAGGACAUCACCAGGGGCAAGGGCCUCGUCGACUCCCUCUUCCAGGCGCCCAUGGGGGACGGCACCCACGAGGCCGUACUCAGCUCCUACGAGUACAUCAGCCAGGGCCUCAGGCACUACAGCUUCGACAACACCAUGGACGGCUACUACAUCGCGCCGGCCUUCAUGGACAAGCUCGUCGUCCACAUCGCCAAGAACUUCAUGGCCCUGCCCAACAUCAAGGUGCCCCUCAUCCUGGGCAUCUGGGGCGGCAAGGGCCAGGGCAAGUCCUUCCAGUGCGAGCUGGUGUUCGCCAAGAUGGGCAUCAACCCCAUCGUGAUGAGCGCCGGCGAGCUCGAGAGCGGGAACGCCGGCGAGCCCGCCAAACUCAUUCGCCAGCGCUACCGCGAGGCGGCCGACAUCGUUGCCAAGGGCAAGAUGUGCGUGCUCUUCAUCAACGACCUCGACGCCGGCGCCGGGCGCAUGGGCGGCGCCACCCAGUACACGGUGAACAACCAAAUGGUGAACGCCACCCUGAUGAACAUCGCCGAUAACCCCACCAACGUGCAGCUCCCCGGCAUGUACAACAAGGAGGAGAACCCCCGGGUACCCAUCGUUGUCACCGGCAACGACUUCUCCACGCUCUACGCGCCGCUCAUCCGCGACGGCCGCAUGGAGAAGUUCUACUGGGCGCCCACCCGCGAGGACCGGAUCGGCGUGUGCAAGGGCAUCUUCCGCACCAACGGCGUCCCCGACGAGGACGUGGUGAAGCUCGUGGACACCUUCCCCGGCCAGUCCAUCGACUUCUUCGGCGCGCUGCGCGCCCGGGUGUACGACGACGAGGUGCGCCGGUGGGUCGCCGAGACCGGCGUGGAGAACAUCGGCAGGAAGCUCGUUAACUCCAAGGAGGGGCCUCCCAAGUUUGAGCAGCCCAAGAUGACGAUCGGCAGGCUGCUGGAGUACGGGCACAUGCUUGAGGCGGAGCAGGAGAACGUCAAGCGCGUGCAGCUGGCGGACAAGUACCUCAGCGAGGCGGCGCUCGGCGACGCCGACGACAUGCCGUUCUACGGCAAGGCGGCGCAGCAGGUGGGCGUGCCCGUCCCCCAGGGAUGCACCGACCCCAAGGCCGGCAACUUCGAUCCCACAGCCAGGAGCGACGACGGCACCUGCGUCUACAACUGAUCCAACUGAUGAAUUAAUCUCUCAAAUUAUCAUUAUUGUACUACUAGUUUCUAUGAAGUAUCAAUGGUUAAUAUAAUGUUUGGAUGCGAU